GUAGGGGUAACGCGUGCAAGUUUCCAGGUUUCAGGAUAUAGACGACCAGAGACGAAUUUGUUAAUUUGUUAAGAAUGUGUGUUAUGGGCGAAGCAAUCUGAUCAGCGACCAGCUUUAGAUACUUCAGAGGUAUCUGAUCAGCCCCAGUUGAACAAUCAGAUCUCGUUGUUGUUAAUUAACCCAUUGCGAACCUGAGAAAGGUACAUUUUCGAGUGUAGCAGAGCUGUUUUUUAAGCCCACUUUAAAAUGGCUUUCGCACAAAAAUGGUAGGUUUGAUAGGUUACUACGAUGAACAAUUAUACAAGUUUUUUCUGCUACUUUCAUAUAUAGUUCAUAAAACACCUCCUAAAUUUGCACCUUAUGAAUUCAAAUUGCUUUUCAAAAAUACCAUUUUUGUGCGCAAGCCAUUUUUAAAGUGGUUUUAAAAACAGCUCUGCUGCACUCCAAAAUUUACUUUUCUGACUAAUUUUGUGAUAGAGGCACCAGCUAACAGUCCCCAAACUAUCCAUUUUAAUAUAAAGUUGUCAAAAAUUUGGCGGAAUUUUCAGUUUAGUGCACAUUUUUUUACACCCUGUAUGACCUAAAGUCCUGCCAUUUAUCGCAAGAUUUCUGAGAUAUCGUGAAAUAUUGUGAUCUAAUUAAAAAGUCGGGCGACUCACGAUAAAAGCGCAAAACAUGGUAUGUACGAAAUCAACUUCUUUCAUUUCUAGAGUUGUUCGUCGAGCGCAUAUUUCCAUACAACAUAUUCGAAGAAUGAUGGAUUGGUAGACAAAACAGACCUAACAGAUUUCUCUCCAGCAGUUUUGUACGAGUUAAGUAAACCUGAAUGUCAGAGAAAAGCAGAGGAACAACUUGUUCAAGAUGAGGAUGAUGGGAACGAGGAGGCGAGAAAAGGUGUGAAUAAUAUUAGUCAUGGGGGGGGGGGGAAGAGGGGGCAUUAAUCGUACACACAACUUAAGUAUAUCAAAACGGUCUAUGAGGACUUAUUGCAAGGACUUGAUAUAUAUCUAGUAUAGCCCGAAUUGUCGGAUUUGAUAUGGCAUCUCACACGAAUAUUUGAAUAAGUCACCAAUUAAUAACUUCUUAUUACGGACCGGUCAUAAAGUAACUGCUAGGGUGGGCCGGAGGGAAAAAUAAGUUUUCAAAAAAAAACUGGUGGCCCAUCCUGAGAGCCAAGAAAAAAUUUCAAAGCCCAUCGUAGCUUAUUGGAAAAAUUUCACGACCCAUCCUGCUAUAUAUGAAGAUGUACAGUAUAGCAGUCAUUUUGACCAAACCGUGCACUGAGUCACUUUGUCAUAACUUUCUAGAAGAAAUUAAUUGGUUACAUAUUUAGUAGUUUACACACCAGAUAGAUUUGAUUUAAAAUUGAAGAAUCUUUAUUUGAUAUCUCUCUUUAUAUUAAUAUUUUAAAUAGUACAAAGAAGGUCUCGUGAUACUGCCUUCAAUUAGUACAGUCUCUGACUCUGACGUGCAUUUCAGCAUUUGUGCACGUCUAUUGCUUCGAUCUUUGAAGUUAGUAAAUCUUCCACAGCACUCAGGUUACAAUUUUGCAGUGAACCAACCACAGUCGUUGACAAACGGGAGUUUUCUUGGAUAUCAGUGCGAAUUCUAUUGGAUUUUUCAUUUUUUUGCAUCAUCGUGAUCAUGAAUAAAACGCAUAAACAUUAGAAUGUAGAUUGAUAGGACAUAGGUGCCACUUUAUGUAAAGCUAUAUACACGAAGUAGUUGUGUGCAAAAGCUGUACUUUUGGCAUGCUGAUUCAAUCGUCACGGUUUUAAAACAACAUGGCGGAUAAAAUUCAAACAUUUCUUGACAAGAACAACUUUUCACAGUAUAUGUCAAGUUGUCAACAAGUUCAUGGAGCUUGGGUAUGAUGAUCUAAAGCAACUCUUGGACAUGCAGCCAGAGGAAAUUAUUGAUGUUUUGAAAGAAGUACUAGUUGUGCUGUAUGACAAGUCAGGUCAUCGAAAACGAUUUGUAUCUGCAAUAGAAAUUUCAGUUCGAAGACCAAACACGGAGUACAGGAUAAAGACACGGCAAGCCAGUAUAAUACACCAAUGUCGAGUGUUUCCCACAAAUAUGUUACAACUUGUAAGUAUAUAUAUUUUAACAUGUUUUGCCUGGCGGAUAUUAAUAAAAACAAAGAUAAUUUUGGAAAAACUGUAGGUCCGGCACCAGCCAAAGAUUUGUGGAUUCCAUAUCCUGGAAAGCCAAUGAACUAAAAUUUUACAACAACAAAUUGGAUGGACUAAAAUCGAUGAAGGUGAAAUUAGAGGAAGUCACACAACAAUCAUUACUAAUUGUAAUUUAUUAACUGCAGGAACAUUUCCUUCAAAAGUGAUGCAGAGAGAUAAUGCAAGAAAAACCGCAAGAGCGUGUGAUGUCACAAAGAUUGUUACAAGUGGCAGAAUCAAGUAUGAGUCUCUGGAGAAUGCAUGUACUGAAAAAAUCUCUCAAGUAGAUGUGUUUGCUGAGCCUAUUAAACAACUUAAACCAAGGCACCAUAAUACCAUAUGACAGCAUUAAAAACUUUAAUUGCCAAGAUUAUUUUGAAGAUGAUGCUGUAGAACAAGUAAAUGAAAUUGUAACUUCAUUGGAGAAGCAAAAAGACAAGUAACAAGUCAAAAGAAAGUGAAAAACAACAGUUGUGGGAAAAAACAAUGUACACUUGAUUUUUUUGUUAAAAAAUAAUUGGAAACAUCAUCUCCUCAGUCUGACUCUAUGUCAUCAGAAUCUGAUUCUGAGGAAGGAUGAUGUGGAUAUUUAAAAAUCGAUGCUUGUAGAUGUGACUUACAAAAUAUUAAUGAUAUUAAUAAUAACAGGAUUAUGUUUUUAUUUCAUUUUGAAUUCACUAUCUAUUAUUUUGAAUACAUAUAUUAUUUUCAGUUGUAUUGAGUGUUGAUUAUUUUAAUAGGAAUGUUGUGUAUAUAGUAGUUGUAGUAUGUAUUGAGUGCAAACAGGCUAUAUAUGUGUUUCAUGGUCCAUCUAUUUGCACAAAAACAAAUUGAUGGCCCACCCAAACUGAUGAAAAUAAUUUUAUGGCCCAUCCUUAUUUCCUCCGGCCCACCCUAGCAGUUACUUUAUGACCGGUCCCUUAACCAAGCGCGAGGUCGUUACAGAGAAAAUCGGACCGAGGUCUUUUUUGUACAGACCGAGCCCGUAGGGCGAGGUUUGUACAAAAAGACCGAGGUCCGAUAUUUCUCUCUCAAGACCAAGAAAGCGAGGUUAAUAAAAAGUACUAUAUGGCAUUUAUAGGCAUUUAUACUUGAAACAAACACGAAAUGCAUGAUUUGAAAUGCAUAUUAGUAGCGUGGUACACAUUUGUUCGAAGGAAACAAAAAGUAGCAAUUAGUCUAGGACCUGUAUAGAUGUUUGUAUGCGUUUCAUUUAGCACAGGUAAUCUCAACUGUUUUAGGGUAAAAUGACGUUGGCGGUCAACAUGGCAUAUGUCCCAAAACUUGUAUCCGGGGCGAAAGUCCUGAAAAUGACCCCCUCCCCCUGAAACGGCAGUGCCGACAUAGCUCUAACUUCCGAAAACGAAAACCGACAGCCUUUCUGAAGUGCUUAUCAGGUGUUUAGAAGGGUUGCUUUUAGGGGUGGUUGGAAAAAUUGGAAGGAAAAAUUUGUCUAAGUAUAGUAUUUUACAAGAAAAUGACCAUGCACCACCACUGGUAAAUUGAUAAUUAUGCAUAAAAUAACUAAUAUGCCUGGCAGAAAUUAAAUUUUCUUGGAAAAUAUGUGCAUUACUCAGCGAGAGGGACCUUAAUCUUAGAGAAUAGGGAAGGAAGUCUGGGAUGUUAGUGGAAAGAGGACACGGGAAAGAUAUGUAUUACUAAAAGGGGGAACUAUAGGCAGAUUAUUUGGGGUGCGCAAAAGAGGAUGCGGCAACGUCCAGAAAUAGCAUCCGUCUCAGGCAGUGCACACUAAACAUUUAUCUAAGAAUUUACGAUUGGUGGACGGUGGAAGGCACCUCUGAAUAAUAUCAUGUAUCUUUUCUACCAAAUGUAGAUUAGAAUUCGCUUUUUAAAUUAUACAAAAGGAUUUUUUUUUUAAGUCAUCACAUAGCUCUUCCUUGAUAGAACAUAAAUAAUUUCAGCUAAGUGUCCAGAAGAGGGUGAUAUAAUUAAAAACUAGGAAUUCAUGAGUGAAUCGUGUGGGCUAUCCUACAUACUCAAUGCAUUUGUUUUCUUCUUUUGCAUUUUACAGCCUGGGGCUAUGGGAUCCUAUUUGUGACAGUUAUCAGCCUUGGUUCACUACUGGGUGCGGUCGUGGUUCCAUUCAUGGCCUCAAAUUUAUUUCAAACCAUUCUAAUGGCCAUGAUUUCUCUUGCUGUUGGUGUACUCAGCGGCAGCGGCAUUUUUCAUCUUAUUCCACAUGUAAGCUUUAUAUUUACACUGCAGACAGACAGACAGAAAGAUAGACUGCGUGCGUUAGUGGCACCGUCGUUAUAGUGCAUGUAUGUGCAUUUCACCUUUGUGAAUUGAAUUGAAUUGGAUUGAAUUCCUGAAACAUGCAGUUUACGAUUAUAAUUUUACCUCAUUCGUAUGUGAGGAGAGUGCUUUCAGUUUGAAAUAACAAAACACUUCUGCGGAUACAUCGGCCAACCAGAUUCCCCCCUGCCGUAACAUUGGGCAAUUAACUAUUAAUUAACGAAAAAUGGUGAAAUACAAUCAAUUGAAAAAGUAUACGCAAUUCAGCAAAUUUUUUCAGCGAUCUGUUAUAGCCUAAGCUACUGCGCAAUGCUUCUGUUUUAUUACGCUGAAGUAAUAUUGGGCCAGUUAAAAUGACAUAACUCUGAACUAACAUUGAUCCACUUUCGCUCUGAAGUAACAUUGGUCCAGUUAAUUUAAAUUAUCCAUUAAGCGCGUAAGCAAGGUGAAAUAGUGUUGAAAGACAAGGUGAAAUAGUUUAGAAAGGUUCUCUUGAAAAGUUUUCCUUUGUUCCGUUGUUCACAAAGAAGAUUUCACCAUGUUCCCGUAUUCCUCAAGCUUACAUGUUCAGUUAUAUACCCUAUUUUUUGCUUUAUUCCCGUGUUCCCAUUGCUUUCUUUUCUCUAAAAACUCCCUAAAAAGGUUAGUAUAUAUAUAUACGUAAUUCAGCAAUUUUCUCUGAGGCCAGUUUAGCGCUGCUACCUCGCUUACAUUAUAAAAUGUCUUUGUUUUGUACAUGUUUUGGAUGUUAGUAAAACAAACUAAUAAUCUCAAGGGAAAUAUCGUUUCACAAAACCCAAAUGCCUAAAACCCAAGUGCCGUAUUUCAUUUAUUUAGCGCCUAGUCUCCAUUUGGGUUCACUUCUAAUAAGCUCCCAGUCAAGAAGCGCAGGGAAAAUAAGAUCCUAACUUCCAUUUAGCCGCAGUUACUUUCUCUAUUAGGUAGAUUAUUCUCAAUAUAUAGACUUAUGGCAAAAAAUAAUACUAUUAAACGUUUGAUAAAGAUCGCGUAUAUUCAAUCGAAAGCGAUUAUCAUAAUUUAUAAUAAACGUCAACUAUAAAACUAUAAGGUUAUUCCAAGAAAAGUUUGCAUGAAUACACGACAUAAUAUAAACAUGCACACUUUUUCCAGACGUUUUGUAUAUAUAUUUGAUGAUAAUAUCAUGCAGCCUGCAAAGGAUAAAUUUAGUUGUUUGUGGUUUACUUUGUUUUGCUGUUCGUUUUGGGAAUCUGCAUACCCGUUCCUCGAAGAGUUUGUGCUACGACCCACCACUACAAGAUCACCUCUUAAAGAAAAAGAACAGGGAAAUCUAUUCAGCCUUUAUUUAACCCCCUCGUCUAUAUACUGUAUUACCCCCAGUCAAGAACUACUAUAGGAAAAUUAAGCCCCCAUUGCACAGUUAUACAUUAACCCCAAACUCAAUCUUGUCGACAGACAACGGUAUAAAUGUAAUUGCAAAGCCAUGACAUUAAAAAUGUUAAUCACAUUAGAUUUGCAAACAUAGUGCCUGAAGAAGAGUAAUUUAAAAUAAUAACAUUAUAACAAUUGUCCAACAUGAGCUCCACCUUUGAAUUUACUAUAUGAGUAAAUUCUUAAUUAAAGUGCCUAUGACACGAAAUUUCACCCCAAAGGUUUAUGGUUGCAUUGUAAAGAUCACUUAAAAUGACUUAAUAAUUUCUUUUAUAGAAUUUUGGUAACCUACUUCCUUUUCAAGAUAUUCAACUUUGUUUCAUAUGCAAAUAUCACCGGUGUGACAUCACAUCGCAUAAUGAGUUUUCAGAAAAAUAUAGUUUUUAUGACGAAUACCUAUAUAUCUAAAAAACCGUUAUUAAAAAUUGCCCGUCUAUAUGUAUUAAUAUCAUAACUGGUAAUUAAUAUAACCCUCUGUAUUUGUUUGUAAAAAGAUUUUAUCAAGGUAAAAUAUUGCGUUUACAACAUGUCAUUAUACGAUGUGACGCCAUACCGGUGAUAUUUGCAUAUGAAACAAAGUUGAAUAUUUUGCAAAGGAAGCAAGUGACCAAAAUUCUAUAAAAGAAAUUAUUAAGUCAUUUUAAGUGAUAUUUACAAUUAUGCAAUCAUAAACAUUUGGGGUGAAAUUUCGUGUCAUAGGCACUUUAAACACGUCCGAAUUUAUCAUUAUGAUAAAUUCGCGGUGCAUUAUUAAUAUCAAUAGAGUUAACUAAUUAACUAGAAGGGAGGCUGGUCGCGCGGGGGUGGCGAGAUUUUCAAAAUUUUCACAAAAAAGUUUUAAAAAAGUGUUAAAAAAGAAAAAAAAGUUUAAAAAAAAGUUAAAAAAGUUAAAAACGUUAAAAAAGUUAAAAAAGUUAAAAAAGUUAAAAAAGUUAAAAAAGCUAAAAAAGUUAAAAAAGUUAAAAAAGUUAAAAAAGCUAAAAAAAUUAAAAAAGUUAAAAAAGUUAAAAAAGUUAAAAAAGUUUAAAAAGUUUAAAAAGUUUAAAAGGUUAGUGGUUAGGGGUUAAUUUAGGGUUGGGGUUAGUGUUAGGCAGGGCGCUUAUAUAUAGGGCGACGCAACGCCAGUGAUUUCGCUGAUCGACGUGUGAUGCGGGGCCUGGUAAGUAAUUUCCUGCACUACACGGUCAGCGGUAGUCAAUCUUAACUUAACAUCGCUCUAUGUCUUAGCAACCUGCAUAGCAAAAACAAAUAUUAAAAAUUGUGAAAUUAACCAGUUUUUAACAUUGUUUCAACUGAAUAAGUUGUCGGUAGCUUUUAUAUUAUCAUUAUCAAACAUAAACUAAACAACAUUAAAUAAGACGAACGAAAUUUCACUUUAAUAUCAUGUUAUAGUUUAAUAUACAGUUUGUAGUCGAUCAUAUUGCAUUAUUUUUGAACGUCGUAUAAAAUAACUUAGCACUAGAGCAGAGUAUAGCCUAGACUUUAAACUAGAGAACUUAAGACCUGACUCCUAGACUUUUACAUCAAAUAAUCAAACAUUUUUUCCAACACAGUGUAAUCUUUCAGCCUUGUUCAUCAGCACAUCGUAUUGUCUAAAACACAAACAUUCGUGGAAACCAUGAGUAAAAAUAUACGGCAAUAUCCAAAUCUAUUUUAUACCCAGUAUUAUUAUAAUUAUAGUACGCAAUAACUCUAUUAAACACUCUCGAAGUUUUGGAUAAAGUAAAUUGAUUUUGCAGUUUUUGUUUUAAAAUAUUAGAUUUUCCAAAUUUUUCGGUUAAAACUGCUGACGACAUUUUCACUGCAAAAGACUUUUGAAAGUGCGAAAGCAAUGCAUAUGAUCAGCUUUUGCUCAAAAUUCGAUAGAAGAAACAUCGACCUUCGAUCGAGUACCCCAGAUUGCAAAUUAGAUAGAGGGCAAGAAUCAAUCUCAAACUAUUUUAUUUCAACGAAUAUCAAACAUAAUACUUCUCGUCUAGCAUCCGAAGAAGAACUACGGUGUUGGCAGAAUUUUUACCGAUGAAGCGCCCAGCAUAUUCUCAAAUAACUAGUUUCGUGCUGCACAGAACUAUGUGAUAACUAAGCUCUGAAAACAUAUUAAAAAUGCUUCAAUACCUAUGAAACUUUAGCAAUACAUCGACAGAACUAAUGCAAAUAACAGCCGGUCAAAAUAGUUCGUAUUGUCUACAUCAUUCAAAAUAUAUAUGAUCGGCAAAAGUGGGAAAAACAGGGCUUGGAAAAGGGUCUUAUUUCAGCCAUGAUAUCUUCUAAGAAUCAACUUCGAUUUUUAUAAAAGACUCAAGUACGUACACAUAAAAUAAUGAACUUUGACAUACCUCAGUUCGUAGGUGUUGGCAGUAGAUUCACACAAGAUAUCCUCAUUUGAAAUUUAGUCUCCGUGGAAGUCAUAAAAAGGCACGGACAUUAUCGACCAUAAAUUCUCUUGUACAAGCUAUUUUACCAUUACAGAACACAGACCCUUUAGCCAAAGAAAUAGUUUAGCCAUUUUGCCAUUUAAACCAUUCUAACACCAAAACGAUUGAGAUAAAUGGCCAGACGAACUGAACAACUCAAAAUCGCGGUUUUCUUCAAUUUCCUUGAAAAUCGUACUCGCCCCAGUUUUUUUCCGCAUCACACGUCGAUCAGCGCGCGCGCUCUCGUUGCGCCACCCUAUAUAUAAGCGCCCUGGUGUUAGGGGUUAGAUGCCGCGAAUUUAUCAUUAUGAUAAAUUCAAAAUGUGCCGCGAAUUUAUCAUAAUGAUAAAUUCGGACGUGUUUAAGAAUUUACUCAUAUAGUAAAUUCAAAGGUGGAGCACAUGCUGCAAUUGUCACAGCGAAAUUUGCAAACAUCUAAUAGAAAACAUCGUUCAAAUUAAGACAAAACAAUAAUAUAUACAUGUAUAUUCUGGGAAAUAUAUUAAAUCUCAAAUAUGUGCGGAAAUAAUAAAAUGGUUUCAGAAAUAUAUCACAAAAAUGGAACGUAUAAUAAAAUAAACUAGAAAAUACAUGCAUGCAGAAACCCUCGCCUUGCUGACAAAACCGUUGUAUUUCCGAACAUGAAGUAUCUAAAGUAGUUGUCAUGGUAACACGAUAAUUUUUUAAGAAUAUUCUUACAAAUGAAAAUCGCCUAAAAAUAUCACUUUUAAUUACAAAAUUAUCAAUUUCCCAACAUAUUUAUGUUAGGUAUGCAAUUAUACGUAAUACAAGCUUCAAUUUAAGGUAAAAUUCAACCACAAACAAUUCACAAAACGUUUUAAAGUGUUCUUUAUAAAACUAAACUGCCUUUAACUAUUAAAUGGGCUUUAUCGAUAAACUUUGAGUUUGCAAUAAAAUGAUUUCAACUUCUCGCUUGCAAAUAACUUUGCUUUAUUUUUUAUUUAAAAAAUUCAAUAUAAUAAAAAAGGGAAUCAACAUUAAAGAUACACUGAAAUUAUAUGCUGUCUUGUUUAGUUGUUUCAUAUACGCAAAGGCCGUCGGGUUUUAAAGCCAUUAUAAAAUCAAUAUUUAAAACAAACUUACCUUCGUUAACGUCGGCUCCCUUCUUUUAGCUGAUUCUUUCGCUCUUUCUUUCUUUAAAUUUACAAAAUCUUGCAGAAAUACGAGCAAAAAUGAAGAAUAUUUGCAAGAAAUUUAUCAAUCAUCAACUCAUCAAAUCAAGAAAUGUUUGUUAUUUCGCUGUCGUCAUGCAGCCGUUAUAAUGCAAACUUUAAAUUGGACCAAUCAGUGUCCGUUAUUCAUGACAGUCCGCCAUAUUUUUGAGAUCAGUGAGGAUGACCACCCAUCGUUGGUGACCGACGCCCGCGCUCAUUGGUGAACUUUAGACUUCGCUAAUGCUUUCGUUUCCCCGGGUUUAAAUAGCCGGGGGGAAUUAGUACCCUCGCACGGCGCUUCGCGCCGCCGGCUCGGGGAUGAAGAUUAAACGUGCAUUUUAGCAAAUAAAGUGGUUGGGUCGCAUGCGGACAAAAUUGAGAAUGCUAAAUAUAUAACACCGCGGUCAAACGUAGUCAAAAGAUUGGAAAUAGUAUUGUCUUCACGAAGUUCUAGCAAAAAGUUUAAAGAAAAUUACGAGUGUUUAAACUCACUGUACUGCAUGAACUUCGUUUUUUGCCACAAGGAAAAAGCGGUGAAAUUUAAGGAACAGAACCUGGCAGGCGUUAAUCUUAUGGAAAUUUCUCGGUAUUAUCCACGGUUGUUGGUAUAUCUUGUACAAUGUUUUUAUCCUUUUCAGGCAUUACAACUCGGCCACAAGGACUUGAGUUAUAUGUGGAAAUUGGUUAUGGUUGCAGUUGGGAUAUACAUAUUCUUUCUUUUGGAAAGUGUUAUGAAAAUGUACCUCUAUUUCAAAACCCUCAACGUAAGUUUUCUGUUCAAUGUUGCUUUGAAAAUUAUCUGUAAACAGGGCCUUUCCUAGACGCGAUAAUUGGGUGUGUGUGUGUAUAAAUUGUUCACAUAUUCAUGUUCACAUGCCGUAAAAACAAUCGCUUUCAAAAGAAAUCCGUCGGGCAGAACACGAAUAUAUGAAUAUACACCUCCCCCCCCCCCCAAUUAUCGCGCUAGGAACGGCCCUGUCUGUAAAGUAUAAUUAUGUCGUUUUGUAUUUUACAUAUACAGCUAUUUCAAUUAAGGUUGUCCACGAGCAAAGCGGAAAAGUCGAAUACGAGCGCGAAAGGCUGCUGGGAAUCGCUUUGAAAAUUCAUUAAUUACACUGGCCUGUAGGCCAAGUGUCUUAAUUCCCUCUUUAAUUUUCUGGGGUUUUUCGUAGUCGAGAAAUCGAGUUUGCGUUAGAUCAUCGCAGGCUCAGGGUGCAACGUGCUCCAGUGACAUAUUCAGUUCAGUUUCAAAAUGGUGGAUUUUCACUGAGCGAUCUAGUAUAUAUUUCACACAGUUUCGUUGAAUUUUCAAAGAAUUGUGCCGGUUCCCCAUGGAUUUUACGUUGUGUCGCACUCUGGCCUUUCUUGCGUGUUGAAUUAGUGUGUUUUUCUUUGUGUAACGACUCGAAAACCCCAAAAUUUGUACCCAGCGAAUUUAUACAAUAUAGUGGAAUAUAAACAAGGACAAGUUAAAGGUUUGACAGUUCGACUUUUUAAUUAACAAGUAUAAAUAUACGUUGUAGGCUCAUAAACAUGCGUUGUGCUCUUGUAUUCAUUUGCAUAAGUAUAGAUUUGCACCUAAUUACAUUAAUUUGCACCAAAUUUCUUUCCAAUUCAUCAUAUAUUUACACUAUAAAAUGUAUGUUUUCAGUGGCGGAAAUUCACUUUUUCCGGGGGGGGGGGGGCAAAGCCUCCUAAAUUUCCGACAAAACUUUCAAAUUCCCGCCCCCCCCAUUUGCACUCGAAAAGAUAGUUUUUAGCCCUCUUUUAGGUCAAAAUUUCCGAAAAUUCGUCAACUUUCCGUGAAGGUGGGGGGAGGGGGGGGGGCGGCCACCAAGAUUUCCACCACUGUAUGUUUUCGAUUGUAUUCAGCGAGGUAGCAUUGCGUGCGGCGAAGUGAAACGUGGUACUGUUCGAUUUGUUUUUGGUACAAGAUCCAGCUUUUCCCCCCACUUUCUCAAUUCUCAAAUUGUUUAUUAGAUUUUUACUGGUUGGGGUUAGAGAAGGGCUUGGGGUUGGGAUCAGUUUUAUCUUAUAAAUGGAAGCAAAUUGGCAUAUUUUUUAGAAGAAUAGUCUAUGUCUAUGAACUCUUUAGCACCUGAAACGAGCCAUAUAAUGGCAUUAAAAAUCAAGGACUAUAUAAUUUCUUCGCUAUUAUUGGCCCAUCAUUAUUUACGGUUGAUAGUUGAUGAUCAGUUACAGUGGGCCUGGCCUGUCAAGUUGAAUUGCCCAUAGCCGGAGGGUACGCCUGAUCCGGCGUCUUGGUAUAUUAUGGUUGAUAGUUGCUGAUCAUGAUUGUAUUUAUUGGUUGUAUUUAUAUGGUCCAGACCUACUGUAUCCCUGUCUACUUCUCUACUACACAUUACACUCUACCACGAAAGUUGCCAUUUUCAGGCCAGUGUUAACGCCUGAGCAGGCGUCUUGUUUGUUAACGAUUCCCAACGGCCUCGUAUUCGACUUUUCCGCUUUGCUCGUGGACAACCUUAAUUGAAAUAGCUGUAUACAGUACUUCAAAUGGGAAUCUAAGAUCAAAAUAUUUAACAAUUAUUCGCCGAAGGGGAGGAGUUUAUCGGUGAAUAAAAACGGAGACGAAGUCGAGCUUUUUAUUCACGAUAAUCACAGAGCCUGAGGUGAAUAAUUGUUUUUUGUAUUUUUGUACAAGUGAAUAUAACAAAUCCUACAAAUUGAUUGGUCAAAUUUGACGUAAUAAGUAUAGGUUAUUUUGAGGCAACGAGGGGAUAUGUGAUUUAUUCACCGAGGCGCGUAGAGCCGAGGUGAAUAAACACAUAUCCCCGAGGUGCCUCAAAAUAACGUACUUAUUUUUCACACUGCGAGGUCGCAUUAAUGAGUAAGAAUAGAAAUAAUUCUUAAUGUCAUAUUGCCUUCGUUAUGUUGUUUUUUUCUCAUUUUUUUUGUGAUGCAAAGACAUUGCAGGUGAAUAUUAGAGGGGAUUAUUAAUUGCAGGUGAAUAUUAGAGGGGAUUAUUAAACGGAAAUUGAUUAGAGGGAAAUAUUGAAUAUAUUCCUCGAUAAGAACAAAGGAAACCGAGCAGGGUGAAAAAUAAGCUGUUUUCACCUAAGGGUGAAAAAACCGAAAUUUUCAAAAUGGCGGCUAGCCGUUUUGUGGCCAUAAUACUGAUAACGAAAUAAGCGAAAUUAAAAUAAAUUCAGUCCCAAAAACACAAAAAUACUAAAACAAUUAUUCGCCUCAGGCUCGGUGAUUAUCGGGGAAUAGUCACCUCGACUUUGUCUCGGCGAAUAUUCUCCGAUAAUCACCUCGCCUUCGGUGAAUAAUUGUUAAAUAGGUGAAUAAAAACCGAGGCGAAGUCGAGGUUGUUAUUCACGAUAAUCACCGAGCCUGAGGUGAACAAUUGUUUUAGUAUAAUUUCAUAUAGGUGAUUAUUUGGAAAAAAAUAAAAAAUACACAUUUCCUCGUCAUUUAAUUGACAAACGGCUUCUGCCGCCAUUUUGAAAAUCGCUUAGGUGAUUAUCGUGUUAUAAUCACCUCAACGGCAACCAAUCAGCGUGGAGAAUUUUCACUGAUCACCUAUGUAAUUUAAACGCAUCGUUUCGGAGUUUGCGUAUUUGUUAAGUCUUCAAUUCCUUUCCUGACGCUUCCAAAUCUUGGCUGUCCUAACCAUGAGUGUUUGUGGGUAAAACUUAGACCUUACCGACUUCCAAGAGAAAUUUCAUGUAUUAUUGCUUGUGUGUUAUACAACCGACCUCUUGCAGAUAAUAACGAACUAUAUGAGUACAUUAUUGUUUCUUUGGACAAAAUAUUAUUACAAAACCCUGGAGCAGGAGUCAUCGUCAUGGACGACUUUAACCAGUUUGACACUAAACGUCUUUGCAGAAAUUCAUCUCUCAAACAAAUUGUUAAGAAACCAACCCGGGGAAAAGCGACUUUGGAUUUAAUACUUACCAAUAUAAAGCGUUGGUACAAAGAUUCAGAUAUUGUUCCCGCUAUUCGUCAAUCGGAUCAUAUGUCAAUUAUGUUAUAUGAUGUCAUAUGA